ACAUGUUUCAGCUCCCGUCUAGUCCGCGGCAUCAUCAUAGCUGUUUCUUUGGGAUCCUUGGUUGCUUCGGGAGUUAUAAUCGGCAUUUAUGUCACCAGUCUACUGGGGAACAAAGCAGACAUCUAUCCGCUCCAUACAAACCAGAUUUCUACAACCGACUCAUCUUGGGGGGCAACUGGUGAUGAUCGUAAAGCAACGUCUACACUGACAAAGAUGACAUCCACCCUGCCGCCCGUGACACCCACAACAAAGGUGACAGCGACACUAACAGCCUUGACAACCACAAUGUCAUCCGUGACAACCACAAUGCCAGGAGAGACAACCAAAAUACCAGCAGUUACAACCACUGUGCCAGCCGUGAUAACCACACUACCAGCGGUGACAACCACACUACCAGCUGUGACAACCACACUACCAGCGGUAACAACCACACUACCAGCGGUGACAACCACACUGUCAGGAGUGACAACCAAAAUACCAGCAGUUACAACCACUGUGCCAGCCGUGACAAACACACUGCCAGUUGCGACAACCAUACCGCUAGAAGUGACUUCGAAACUGCCGGAUAUGACAACGACAUACAAAAAGUAUCUGUUACUUACGACAAGUGUGACGCGACGGAGAAAGUAUCUUGAGACUACGAAGCAAGAGACGUCAACAUACAUGAAAGGGUUUCCAGGGUACACAGAGCGAAGUGGAACCUGGUACAAGGUUGUUGCGGUGAGCAUGACGUACGUCGCUGCUGCCCAGACCUGUGCCGCAGAUGGAGGCCGUCUUGCCGUUGUGAAGUCACAGGAUGUGCAGGACUUCCUUGUCGCUAUGAUUGCGGAGGUUAAUGCUGGUACAGAUUAUUGGAUUGGACUUCUACAAAUGACAGGAGGAUGGACAUGGUCUGAUGGAACAGCGGUUAACAGUGGCUUCACCAACUGGGCACCAGGAGAGCCCAACAAUGUUGAUGAGCAAUGUGGGCAACUCCUGCAGGUUCGAGGCUUCAAAUGGGACGACACUCGCUGCUAUUAUCAAAAGCACUUCGUCUGCCAAAUAGGGAAAGGCAACCUGGCUAUUGGUAAGACAGCAACCCAGAGUUCCGACUUUGUUCACCUGGGGGAAGCCUUGGGUGCCGGAAAGGCUGUUGAUGGUUCCAGAGCGACGGACAUUAAGCCAGGAAAAGCGUGUACUCACACCGAAAAUGAGUAUCAACCAUGGUGGAAGGUGGAUUUGUCACGUACCUACACAAUAAAGCAGAUCAGCAUUCUAAACAGGGGCGACUGCUGUGGAGAACGAUUGAAGAACUUCAUGGUGCGCGUCGGCCCGAAUGAGGACUUUGCCCAGAAUGAUCAGUGCGGAGAGAUGUACACGGGCACACCAGAGGAUGGGCAGACUAUCGUGGUGUACUGCAGCCCGCCGAUACCCGGCCGUUAUGUAUCCGUACAGCUGAUGGGACGGGAAGACAACUUGUCACUGUGCGAAGUGGAGGUCUAUGCUGAGACAGGAACGUGUGGACUAUCAGCGUUUCGCCACGUCCCCCGGACUGAUUGUUACGGUUCAGACAUAUCCCGUGUCACUGGUGUUACCCUCCAGGACUGUGCGGAGGCGUGCUGUGCCGACUCGACAUGCCUGUCGUUUCAGUACAACAUAGGCAUUGAAUGCUAUGUGAAAAGCAGGCUCUGCUCAGAUGAGGAGAAAGUGUCUCUAUCUUCUGGAAACAUGUACGAUCGGAUUCAUCUACCAGCAUGCCACAAUGGUUACCAAAUACAUAACAACAUCUGCUACAAGGCCUUCAACAUGCAGAUGACUUUUCUCGACGCGUCUUGGACCUGUCGUACUGAGGGUGGGAGCCUCGCUAUGCCAAAGGACGCCGGCACAGACGACUUCCUGGUCUCCCUGAAGAAAGAUGUGGAUGAGAGAGGCCGUUUCCGGUUCGGUUUGGCGGAUCGGCGUCAAGAGGGAGUCUGGGAGUGGGUAGAUGGCACCCCACUUGGAGGCUACAGCGCAUGGAUGCCAGGGGAACCCAACAACGACAACGAUGAGGAUUGCGUCCUUUAUUAUGACCGAAAGACGAAUGACGGAAAGACAUGGAAUGACGACAAAUGUUCAUCAGCAAAGAAAUUCAUCUGUGAAGUUAAACUACCAGCUCCUAUGAUUGACAACUGCCAAGUCGGAUACAAACUCCUAGCCAGGACCUGCAUCCGGAUUUAUUUCAGGGAAGUGGGCCACAAAGAUGCCAGGAAGAUCUGUGAGACGGAUGGGGCUACACUAGCCAUGCCUAAAACAGAAGAGUUGGAUCAGGCUUUGAGAAGCUUUGUCCACAAGGAAGGCCACAACGCCCAGUUUUGGAUCGGCUUGAGGAACAAACCAUUGAUUUUUCAUAAGCUAUCUAAGAGACACUGGAUUUGGGAAGAUGGGUCUACAUUGGGCUACUACAAAGUACGUUGUUCAAGACAUGCCUCGCUUUCACCUAACAGAAACAGAUUCAAAUAUACAUUUUAUGUCAUUGUUGAGCUAGAAAAGUUAUAAAACUCCCAAUGGGGUAAAGGAAUAUUACAAAACUACUAAUAUAGGACAUUUGAUUCGAUUUAUUUCUUUUCUCUUUGUACGAUCUACCCAAUGAUAUCAAGUUUGAAAAGUUACGAAGUGUUUGAAAUUUUUGUGCACUACCCACUAAUUUGAGACAGCUAUAUUGACCUUGAAU